AUGGAUGACCAAUCCUACAACAUCAUCUCCACAACACUAGCACAAGAAGAGUACAAAACCCUGAAGAAUAUCCUUGAAGAGGCAAAAUCGGCUGACCUGUCCUUGGAAGACAAUAUGGCAUUGAUGAUCGGAUCAAUCCAUAAGAGAAUCACAAUUCACAAACAAAAUGAAGAAGAGAACUUAGCAGUAGCAUGUGUAGCUGUUUCAGAAGACCCAAUCACGGGUUCUUGGUCUAGCUGGCCACGAACCACGAUUGUGCACACCAUCCCGAUGGCAAGUGGUGGUUCAUGGUCGUGGGGAAUCGUGGUCGGAACAAUGAAUGCAAAUGGAAAAUUUGAUUGA